AGAUUCUUAUUAUUAGUCCUCGAUCAACGACUCUAAUCAGCAAUGUGGAGCAUCAACGGAGCAUUGUGCGUGGCGGUGCCUACCGCCUCCGCAUUUCGACCAAAACCCUUCCUCGUCUUCUCUAACCUUCUUCCCCAGCAAACGAAGAAGCUCCAUCUCUGUCCUCCACAGCCUCCGGCCCUAUCAUCACAUUUCUCCUCCUCUUCUUUCAAAACCGCUGCUACUUCAGUUCAACAACAGUCUGAUAAUAAUAAAAAGGGAGAGAAGAGCACUAAGUACUACUUCCUUGUUGCAAACGCCAAGUUCAUGCUUGACGAAGAGGAACACUCUCAGGAGCAACUGUUUGAACGUCUGAGAUACUACGGAGAGCGUGACAAAGAGCAAGACUUCUGGCUCGUCGUUGAGCCUAAGUUCCUCGACAAGUUCCCCGGACUCACUCAAAGACUCAGUCGUCCUGCCGUCGCUCUUGUUUCCACCAAUGGUCCCUGGAUCACGUUUAUGAAGUUGAGAUUGGAUCGAGUUCUAGCUGAUUCCUUUGAAGCUACCUCUCUGGAUGAAGUAUUGGCCUCCAGUUCCAGUCCCACCACUCUAGAGUUCGAUAAGCCUGAGAAUUGGGUGGCGCCAUACCCAAAGUAUGAACCUGGAUGGUGGGACACCUUCUUGCCCAAAGCAAAACAAGAAUCUCUGGCAUAGAUCUUUGUCUUAUUUUUUUUCGGUCAGUUUCCAAAUCCAUUCUAGUUUGUAUUACUGAUAGCUUCUUUGUGUUACCUUGUACUCCAAGUAUGUUUGUAACUCAGUUGAGUUUGAUCUUA